AGUGAAGAAUUGCCUGUUGUAUUCCAAUGUCAGAGCUGUAAAUCAAUUUUGAGUGAUUCCUUGGCUUUUCUAAUCGCGAAUGACGAUAUGAAAACCAUCACCGUGAAUCAUGAUUUACUAGAGUAAAGGAGGGAGUUUUCCGCCACUUCAGCACUUCUCGUUUUCUAUAUUCGCUACUUCGCUCGUGCUUGAAGAGAAAUUCACAGGUACUGCAUAGCAAUAGCCCCAGGUACCAAAGCUGCAAAGAUUUGGUGUUCACACAACAAGAGAGAUGGCUCCAGUGAGAGGAAGUUACAGACGUGGGUAUGACCAGAAGGCUAUGGAAAAUGCCAUACAAAGAGUCAAGUUGGGGGAAGUUUCCACAAGGGAAGCUUCUCGACUCUAUAAAGUUCCCAGAGCCACCCUUAUGGAUAAGUUGGCCAAUAGGGUUCCGCUUAAUUGCCGUAGUGGACCAAGCCCUAAGCUUCCUAUAGCUGAUGAAGCGAAUUGCGCUAAACGGGUCAUUAGAACAAGAGCGAUGGCUCCAGUGAGAGGAAGUUACAGACGUGGGUAUGACCAGGAGGUUAUGGAAAAUGCUGUACAAAGAGUCAAGUUAGGGGAGAUUUCCAUGAGGGAAGCUUCUCGACUCUAUAAAGUUCCCAGAGCCACCCUCAUGGAUAAGUUGGCCAAUAGGGUUCCGCUUAAUUGCCGUAGUGGACCGAGCCCUAAGCUCCCUUUAGCUGAGAAAGGGAACAGCGCUGAACAAGGGAAAAAAAGAAAAAAAACAAUUAAGAUGGCCAAUAGGGUUCCGCUUAAUUGCCGUAGUGGACCGAGCCCUAAGCUCCCUAUAGCUGAGGAAGCAAAUUGCGCUGAACAGGUCAUUAGAACAAGAGAGAUGGCUCCGAGCCCUGAUCUCCCUAUAGCUGAGGAAGUGAAUUGCGCUGAACAGGUCAUUAGAACAGGAGCGAUGGCUCCAUUGAGAGGAAGUUACAGACGUGGGUAUGACCAGGAGGCUAUGGUCAAUGCUGUACAAAGAGUUUCGUUGGGGGAGAUUUCCGUGAGGGAAGCUUCUCGACUCUAUAAAGUUCCCAGAGCCACCCUUAUGGAUAAGUUGUCCUAUAGGGUUCCGCUUAAUUGCCGUAGUGGACCACGCCCUUAUCUCACUAUGGAUGAGGAAGCGAACAUCGCUGAAUGGGUCAUUAGGAUGGCGAAAAUCGGGUACGGACAAACCCUAAGCGAUCUCAAACAGACAGUGAAAAAGAUCCUAGAUGAUGACGGGAGACCCACGCCCUUCAAGGAUAAUCUUCCAGGGAAGAAAUGGAUGAAAGAAUUCCAGCAUCGCCAUCCAGAGCUGGUGAUGAGAACCCCCCAACUGCUGGGAAAAGAGAGAGCUGUGCUGUCGGUCGAGGUAAUCUCAAGAUGGUACAACCAACUUGAGGACUUUCUGACCUGUGAAAAUGCUGCCAGCAUUCUGACGGAGCCGGGAAGAAUGUUUAAUUGCGACGAGUCCCGUUUUGUUUUGGGUGAGGGGAGAAAUCAGAACAUCCUUGCGAAGAAAGGUGAGCAUGAUGUAACCUCAGUUGGCAACAGCGACAAGAGGCAAAUAACAGUCCUUGCCAACAUGUCAUCAGAUGGCACCUACCUUCCCCCCUUGAUCGUAUUCCCCGGUGUUAGACUCAGCCCAGUGGUCGCUGAAGGAGCCCCCGAAGGCUCAUACAUAGGAGGCUCCCCCAUUGGCCGGAUGAACAGCGAGGUUUUCUUUUGCUAUAUCUCCAAUUGUUUUAUACCAUUCGUCAAACAGAAGGGGGUUAAUUUCCCAGUUCUACUUCUUGUCGACGGUGACAGGAGUCAUCUGUCUUUCGAGUUGAAUGAACUCUGCAAGGUAAACAAGGUAAUACUUUACUGUUUGCCACCAAAUGCUUCUCACAUGAUUCAGCCUUGCAGUUUGAGUCUCUUCUCGUCACUGAAGGAGAAGUGGGCGGCCACUGAGAGCAAGUACAGGAUGGAGAAUGAGGGUGCUCCUGUCAGCAAAGUUAUGUUUGCGCGAGAGUUUGCCAAGGCAUGGACGGAGAUAACCUGCGACCCCAUGGUUGCACGGAAUGGAUUCCGUGCAGCUGGGUUAUUUCCCUUCACAAAGACAUGCAUGGGGGACAAACUUCUACCAGCGACAGUCUUUGUCAGGACUCCAGCAACACAAGAUAAGCCUGCGAAAGCUGCCGAGGGGCAAGCGCCAGAUGCACCACCUGCACCACCUGCUCAGCCAGAUGCGCCACCUGAUACAUCAACAGAUGCAGGGGGAAAGUCCUUUGUCAGCCCUUCCCUCAAACACCAUCUCCGCUUCCGUCCUAUCACCGUCCCUCCAAAGAAGCGGGAAACGUUGAAAACAAAGAGGCAGAAGAAAGAAGAAGAAGAAAAGAACAAGAUCAAAAGAAAAGAAGAAAGAAAAACAAAAACAACAGAGAAGGAAGAAGCGAAAAAGAAGAAGAAGAAGAAGAAGACAGUUCGUAGUGCCGACAGAGAGGAAGCAAUAGACGAGGUCUACACAUGUGGAGAUUGCGGAGGAGUAAACUCUUCUGCUGAGAUAUCAGCAAAACUUAUCACAUCAACGCAUGGUGUAGACCAAGGAAGUACGUACAGCCCAGUUGAAUGCCACGACUGCCAUGCUAUGGUGGGCAAGGUCUACAGAACUACGCCAAGGCUUCUGGAUGAUCUUAGAGACAACUACACCUUAGAUGCAAACAAACUUUCAAUCUAUCAAAUUGGAUCCGCCACUACCACCGUAUCCCCAGCAGACGAUGCUGCAAGUUCUCUCCUAAACAUGACCGAUCUAAAGACUCUAAAGGAAACAAUGCUGAAGCUGCAGGUUUUAAUGUGCACUAUGCAUCAGAGGAUAGCAAACAUCGAGCAAUCUCUCGAGAUUGAGGAAAUCGACCCAGUCGGACCAACCCAAGACUUCAUACCGCAGGUUCUCAGUCCAAUUUCCAAACAGAAGCAAAGCAACGGCAACAAGGACAUGGGCAGAGUUUCCCAAAAUACCAGCAUGCAGUUGGGAUCAAACAUUUCAUCGUCAGCAAAUAGUGAUGGUAGUGGACCCAAGGAAAAUGUUCCAAGCAAGAAGAAGAAGUCAAAAAGACGAGGUGUUGACAGUCGUGAAAGUAUUUCUCUUGAAGAAAGGGUGAAGAAAAGGGAGAGGAGCACAAAAAGACUAAAGAAAUCUGGAAAUGAUUGAAUGCUGACAAAGGAUGUACAUGUAUUAAUAUGUCCUGGAAUAUCCAGUAUGGUUUUACUGUAGGUGAUUCAAUGCCUACAUUCUUGGUCAUUUACAUAGAAGUCUUUUUGAUUCAGCGCAUGAAUUAGAAAGAUUGUGAAGAGGUAGUGUCAUUUGUAAUGAAUGGAUAUAACAAUGAUAGUUCCAUAAACAGAGAUGCCAACCGGUACGAUUACAUCGUAAUUAGUAUGAUAAUAAGAGUGAAAUACGAUUUUUUUUUUUUUUUAAUAUUUUUUUUAAACCC